AUGAGUGAUGCCGUUGCCAGCCUCUCGGUUGCUGCCUCGCGCCUCUUUGGUGGGCACCGUUCCAGCGAGACGCCCUCGCAGGAAUCGGCGUCAAAGGAGGCAGAGGCGCCGCACGACGACGCGGGUAAGCCGCAGACGCCUACCUCACCGCAGCACAACGUCGAGGAGGCGCGCGAGCGCCUGACCGAGCGCGAGCGCAAGUCGGCCAAUGCCCGGCGCCACAUGCAGCGUGCUUCGAUUGAUAUCCCUCGUUCGGUGAAGCGCGCUUCCGCACACCAUGACCCGCCGCAGGACGACGAUGUGGUCCAGGGCCACAAGCGCAGCACAAGCACGCCACAGGCCGAUGCGUUCGUAUUCCCCAGCGCGGACAAGCGUCCUGUUCCCCCUCCGCCGGCCAUGGUGGAUAGUGCCGAGUCUGCCACAGAGCGGCCGGCACCCGCGCCACCUGCGGCUACGCUGCCCGCCGGGCGCUUCCUGAGCGGUACCAACACAGAGGCGUCGGCACCUGCGUAUCCAAUGGAAGAGCACUGGGUCACCCGCCAGAGUCUGCGCCGCCCCCUGGAGGAGGCUCCGCGGUCGACGACGAGCCAUCCGAGCGCGCCGCCGACCCACGACACGUUGGCGCAGCGCCUGGCGCGGAACGGAUCGUUGCGCUCGCCUAUCCUGCUCGAUCAGGGCCUGCCUAACAUUUCGGCGGCGACGCCUGCGCUGACGAACAAGGCGCGCAUGUCGCGCGAGACCCCUGCUCCUGAGCGCAUGUCCGCGCAAAAGACGGCGCCAGAGGUGCCGUCUGCCUCAAAGCUGAGUCGCCAGGACACGAUUGAAUUUAACAACACACUCGGGGACCUGCAGCGUGCAUUGGAUCUCUUGUCGCCACGGCACUCGUCCCAAGGUCGCCGCAUCCGCCAGGGCGCGCGCAGCAGCACGGCCACAGAGGACAGUCUCAUUCCCACCGUGGACGAGUCUCAAUCAUCAUCAACGCCCGCCUACGUCCGCUAUGGCGCGACGGACUUCUCUGAGCCCUCGCAGGAUGAGUCGCUCUCGGUGCCCGCGCGGAGUGCUGAGCGCGAGGUGCCUGCCGUGCCGACACAAGCUACGCCGCUUGCCGCCACCGUGGCACAAGACCUCUCGUCGUCCAUGCCACGCUGGGAUCCACCGGUGAACGAGACGUCAGCAUGGAGUACCGAGCCAACGCCAGUGACCUCGUCGCAGCAGUGGGGCCAAGGACCGCGCCCGACUUGGCAGACGGACAUGAUGGCACCGACUUCUCGCACGAUGGAUUCGGUGCCGUGGUCGCGCGACUCGAUCCAGUCGCAAGCAUCAUGGUCGCGCACGUCGAUACAGCCAGGCCCCGACGAGGUACAGACACGCGACUCGCAGUCGCUGGUUUCGUCGCAGUUGCCACUGUAUGACGCGAAAACAGCGCAGACAGAGACACCGGUCGUGAACGCCGAGCCUGAAGAGCCUCUCUCGUUGGCUGCGCCGGCCCAGCCACCUGCACCCUCCGUGAUGGACGUCUUCGUGCCGCCGCACGAUGGGGCCUGGAGUGUGCGCUGGGACCCCCCCGCGACGGAACAGCCGCCGCCGCCGCCGCCGCCGCCGAAGCAUGACGAGGCGAGCCAGACCCAGUGGAUGACGUCUCCCAGCAUGGAACAGCCAGGUGCAGGCAUGCCUGGCUCCUCGGAGCACGCAUCGAUGCAGCUCGAGUCGGUGCUGGCCAACUUGCGUCCGCAGGAUGUCCCGAAGGGUGCGCCGCCCCAAGGCGACGAGUGGAUGGCCUGGUCGCGCGAGUCGAUGUCGACGACAAUGUGGGCGCCGCCGUCAGAGGCGCCCGCUGAGGCGGGCUCCGUGUCUGUGCCGCACCAAGCGCAGGAUGCACCCGCAGACGGCGCAUCGAGUCAACUAUGGACACAGCCGACGGUGGAGCCGCCGACAGAUUCGAAGGGCCCGUCUAUGUCGCUGCCGCAGCCUGUGGCUGGCGUGGCAGGAGCGGACAAGUCCCAGGAGGCGCUGCCUCCGUCAACCGCCAUGCAAGCGCCGUCCGCGUCGGCCUCGCAGAGCAUGAUGGGCCUUAUGCCCCCACCGACCGCGUGGAGCGUGGAACACUCUGCUCUGCCUUCGGAGCUGUCGGGUGGACGACUGACGCCGCCGAACGAUGGCCCGAUGCCGGUCUCGACGAUGAGCCCAAUGAGCCCUAACCUACAGGCACCGCUGCCACGCACGUCGUCGAGCCAGGACUUGGACCGGCGGUCGACAUCGCCGCCGCCUAAAGGCAGCCAUUUUCUCUCCAAAAUGUCGCCCAAGUUUAAGUGGCCUCGCCGCAAGCGCGAGGACAAGCGACAACCCCCCAUGCAAGUGUCAGCGCCCAUGCAGGGCGGUGCCCCUGACGAAGACCAUUCGCAACUAUUUCUUCAUCCAACGGCGCCAGCGUCCAGUCAGGGUCCGUCCUCUGUGGACGUAUCGACGCCGCCCAUGCCGUCGCCCCCUGUGUGGGACGGACCUGCACCACAAGCAUCGCAACCAUCGCUCCAGCAAUCCCCCUACCCACCCACUAUGCCAACGUCGUCGUACAUGCCUGCUCAGGCGCCCGGUUCCAUGUCGAGCCCGUUGAUGCCGAGUCAGGACCGUAUGAGUGCGAGUACGUCGCACCGUUCGUUUGUGUUUGAAGAGCCGCCGCGUCGCCAGGAUGUGAUUAAUCCGACGGAGCAGUCUGCCACGCUCUCGGACAUGUACCGCGCCUCGAUUGAUGGAAAGAACAUAGGUCCAACAUAA